GGUCUCAGCUGACCGGCAUGAAUGUGAUGAUGUACUACAUCACCUACCUCUUCUCCAUGGCUGGGUACACCGGUGACUCCACCCUCCUUGCCUCCUCCAUUGAGUACAUAAUUAAUGUGUUCAUGACCCUCCCGGCACUGAUCUGGAUGGACAAAUGGGGGCGUCGCAUGCCAUUGCUGGUUGGCGCAGCUCUGAUGGCCAUCUUGAUGUAUGCCAACGGUGCGAUCAUGGCGGUUCAUGGUACUGUGGUGCCUGGCGGCAUCAACGGUGUUGCGGCCGAGUCUAUGCGUCUUCACGGCGCUCCGGCCAAAGGUCUGAUUGCUUGCACAUACCUCUUUGUCGCGUCGUAUGCGCCUACCUGGGGUCCUGUGUCCUGGACCUAUCCCCCUGAGUUGUAUCCGCUCCGGUUGCGUGGUAAGGGAGUGGCUUUGUCGACCUCAGGGAACUGGGCGUUUAACACUGCAUUGGGACUGUUUACACCGACGGCCUUUGAGAACAUCCGCUGGAAGACCUACAUCAUGUUUGGAGUGUUCAACACUGCGAUGUUCUUGCACGUGUUGUUCCUUUUCCCGGAGACAGCAGGAAAGACGCUCGAAGAGACGGAAGCGAUGUUUGAGGAUCCCAACGGCAUCAAGUACAUUGGGACACCGGCCUGGAAGACCAAGAUGAAGACCCGAGAGCUAGAGCAGUUGGAGCACGGUGAAGUGGAUGUGGAAUCAAAGAUUGAAACCCGCCACGCAGAGACUUCGGAGACCGCCCCCAAAUCGCAGGAGGCGACAGCGUAA